AUGAGUACAUACUGCGAUCCCACUGACUUUAAAGAAGAAGAGCUUAUGGACACGUGUAGUGCAAACGCUAUGGCUCAGGCCUCCACAUCUGCAGGCGCAGCGGUUACGACUUACCAAGGGUAUAACUGGGGCUUAUACGGGACUCAGGGACAGGGCAUGUGGGUAUACUACGCAUAUGAGGAAACGACUACUGUUAGCGCCGUGAUCUAA